AUGGACCCGACAUCGGGUUGCCCACCGUCGCCCUCACCCGGCACGCCCCUCCAAACAGCCUCGGCAGAUCGUGUUAAUCACCAGCGCGAGCAGUCGCUAGCAUCGCCAUUUCAACAGUCAUUGACAAAUACACCUGGCCGUGGCCACACUCGCGAAAGCUCCGUCCAUGAUAAGAUCAACCAGUUCAACAACCUGGCCGUACACUCCAAGCAGCUGGAACGCAAGACUGCCGAUGCGGCACUCAAGCGCGCCAUGCUUGGUCGCGAGGAGGCCGAGGCUGAGAUGCGCAGGUAUCGCGAUGAGGCGAAGCUGCUGCGCAAGCAGGUAGAAGAAGGCAAGGAGCGAGAGAGAAGGGUUGGGGAGAGACUAGAGACGGUCAUGGAAAACUAUGGCCGUGCCAAAGAAACACACGCGCAUACCCAGGCCCUAUGGGAAAAAGAGAUUCGUCGUGCACGCAAGGAAACCUUCAAGUUGCAAAGCGUCAUCGUCAAACUUCAAGAGGAGCUCAAGUCUGCACGUGCUGCAGCCAAGACGGCCGAGGAAAACCUCGCCCACGAAUCCCAGAGAAGGGAGGCCCGAGAGCAAGAGGCCUUUAGCGCUCGAUACAGCAUUGCUGAGGUUCAAGAGAAAUUCGAAGAGGCACAGGGGCGCAUCCAGAUAUUGGAACAGGAGUGCGACGUCAUCAGGCAGGAACGCGAUGCUUUCAAGACACUGGCGAAAACAGAGGAGGACGUCGCCCGAAUUGCAGCAGAAGGCCGGCUGCCCCUCCCAAAGUCGCAACCAACAGAGGGCGACGAGGAGGACGAAUUUGCAUCUCCCAAGAAGAAGAGGCAACGGUUGUCAUCUUCUCCACCGCCGGUGGACGUUCGAACAUCUGAAGCCAACGAGGCCGAGCUGGAGGAGCUCUCCUUCCUACUCCAAAUGGAGAAGCAGCGUGCUGAUCGAGCAGAGGGCCAUAUAGAGUACCUCAAGGCCGAGUGCCAGCUUCGCAUGUGCCCAUGCAUGAAGUCACGCCCUCGGUCUAGCAUACUCUUGCACAGGUCCCCUGCUAAACCCGCCCUUGCGUCUCCCCCGAAGAAGAACCGCAUCGAGCAUCUCAAGAUAAGAUCGGGACCGAGGCGGAGCACCAUAUUUGUACCGGAGGAGGGCGUCUUCCGCACCGUGUCGCAAGAGGAGGCGGAAGCGCUAGAGGCGCCGUCGAUUCCGGCCCCCGAGACCGAGGAGGUUGUUGAGGCCACGGCAGAGCCUGUUACUCCCGAUACUCCGGCUGCUCUCAAAAAGAGCCCCGAGGCUUACGCAAGAACGCCAUCUCUUGACCCGCCAGCCUUCGCCAUGCUGUCGGAGACUAGGGCGUCACUUCUCUCUCUCCUGGACGCGCCGCAUCGAGCAGAGCCGCCGAUGACAUUUCAUGUCCCUACCAUCCCUGGCGUGAUAUUUGAGGAGUCGGUUCAAAACGUCACCGAGAAAUCUUUCAUGAAAAUUGACUUGAACUCGGCUCCUGCGGAGGAAACCCGAACUGAUACGCCAACCGAGGUUGAGGACUUUGACAAGACCAUCAUACCUACACGCACAUCACCGAGCCCAGCCCCGCCAUCACCGAGACCGGUUGUCGAGGUUGAAGCCAUGGCCACAGAACCAGAACAACGAGACCUGAGCCCGCCGGUUCUGUCCACGCGGGAAUCAAGCGUCCGGCCUCAUUCAUCCUUGACGCAUUAUUCGGUCCAGUCCACAACCAUGACGACGAAAGUACCUUUGCGCGAGGAAACCACCGACCCCAGCCUGGCGAAGCGAAUCAUGGCCCUGCAGAGAACACCAUCGAGCGGAUCAUCUUCAUCGUCGUCCUCGAACUCGUCGCUGACCAACGGCAACGGAAAGCGAGGCCGCGACGCCGAUGGUCCAUCGUUUGAUGUUAAUAACCCGGCCCUGACGCCGACAAUGACCCGCGAGCAGGCGCUGGCACAAAUCAGGGAGCGCAGAGGACGGGCGCGCAGCGCAAUGGCGGGAGCAAUCACGCCCAAAAAGCAACAGCCGCCCUUGGGCGAGCGAAGGGAUGUCAGCGCACCCGUUGGCCGGGUUGGUGUUGGAAACAGCGCUGCCAGCAGCAUCAGGAAGAGACCCAGGACUUGA